GAGAGAGAGAGAGAGAGAGGGAGAGAGUUAAAAUUAUCUACCUAAAGCCAAUCCUCCUCAAGCUCAUCAGUGUGCUGAAUGGACUAACCAGCUUGGGAACUUCAAACUUGCAGGUUGGACACCCUCUGGGAUCUGAUGGGUGGUCAGUCAAAGUUAAAGGGAUUACUCUUGGCUGUUGAACAAAGGAGGUUCUUGGAGUCAAGAGGGAUCGCCUGACCAACACCUCUUCCCAGAGACAGCAGGUUCUAUCAAGAUCCUUCAGCCCAGCUUAUCUCGCCAUGGAGCCAUGAAAUCUCAAGUGAUAUUGCACGGUUGUGUUGAAGCAACUAACAGCUGAAGACCUCAGCAGCACCCUUUGUGUGCUUUGGGAAUACUGCUUUGGAGUUUGUACUGCUUGUUGUUCAAAAGGACUUUAUGUGGUCUGGGAGGAGUUUCCAGCUGCAGUUUUAUGGUUGACAUGCGUUACCCCACCACCUUUCAAUCCAGCACUUAUAACCUCUAUUCAUGGUGUUCGUCACAAAUAAGCUAAGGCCUAGGAGGACUGUCAUUUGUCGAAGAAUAACUUGGACUCCGGCCAAACAUGGCCAGAGACGUCAGUCCUCUGAACCUCAUGCCUCUGUCUGCAAAACCCCACCAAUGGGUGGGAGUCUCUCUGUGGUCUAUCCUUCCCUUCUCCCCCUUACGUUCUCUAAUUUAUUACUACUUCCUGUCAUGUGCAGCAGCCGCAGCAGGUGGUUUGCCUGGUAUAGAAUAUGACUAUGGCAUUAGCCCUAAGUUUGUUUGCACCCCAAUUCCCCCAGAAGCUGACCCCAGCUGCUAUUCCCCACCCAGUGUGCCCCAUGGACCGAGCAGUAACGGCCACACAAACGGUCACAACGGCAGUAGCCGGCGAGGCAUGAUGUCCGACGAGGCCAAAGCCACCAUCUUGCACCUGCGCGAGAGCCUUGUGAGGCAAAAGGAGACCAUCCUGGACCAGCGGGAGACCAUCAGGGAGCUAACCGCCAAGCUCACCUUGUGCGAGGGCUUCGGUGGUGGUCACCAUGGCACUGAUCACCAUGGCACGGAUCACCACGACAACCAUCACGAUACCCAUCAUGAGAAUCAUCACGACGGCCACCGGGACGACCACCACGGGCAGCACGGCAGCCACCACACGACCUCCUCUUCACACCACGGUUCUUCGCCGUAUCACAGCAGCGACCACCACUACUCCCACGGCGGCCACAGGUCCGACCCCCACCACAGGAAGCCCUCGACAUACGGAAAACACAGCUCCUUCUCCCCUGAACAGACGGGCAAAACACUGCAGACGCUGAAGGAGAGGCUCGAGAACUUGCAGGCGAGGAACUCCUCCAGCUCCUACUCCAGCUCACUGAGAGAACUCCUCCAGCGGAAGAUCACCGCCCUGGAGGAGCAGCUCCACAGCUACUACAGAGAUACCCAUGACUACGGUCACCACAACGACCACCACGAUGAUCACCACGACGACCACCGCGGUACCGGUCACAGGGACGACCACCACGACAGCCAUCACAACAGCCACCACGGCAGCCGCAGGAACAACCAUCGCGGCAGUUACCAUAACUAUCACCACGAUCACCACUACGACCGGCACAAUAGCCGGCAACGUGGUCACUAUGGCAACCAUCACAGCCCCUACCACUACGACGACCAUCAUGACGGCCACCCUGAGGAUCACCACGAUUAUCACCCUGACGAUCACCACGAUGGUCACCACGACUAUCACCACGGGCCUGGACACCACGAUGACCACCAUGAUGAUCACCAUGAUAUUCACCAUGGCAACGACCACCAUGACAGCCGCCACGGGAUCGAUCAUAACCCACGGCGGUUGGCUUCCAGCGGCAAAGAGACAAAUCUGCGCGGCGCUGGGCACGGCAAGCUGGAAACAGUGCUCAGCCAGCUGCACCACGGCAACCCCGACACUGGAAACCACAAGAAGCUGAAGAGUCCCAACGCUUUUCUGCUCGACUUCCCCAUGAGGACCAACUACAUGUACGCCAGGAUGAAGCGGUCAGUGGUCAACGAAAUCUUUGCAAUGACCAUCUGCCUGCGGCUGAAGGCCGGAGCAGGUCCUGGCCUCGGUACUCCGUUCUCCUACGCUGUACCUGGACAAGCCAAUGAGCUGGUGCUCAUUGAAUGGGGCAGCAACCCCAUGGAGCUGCUAAUCAACGACAAGGCGGUGACAAUGCCAAUAACCAUGACCGAUGGGAAGUGGCAUCACGUGUGCAUGACGUGGACGACACGAGACGGAGUCUGGGAGGCCUACCAGGACGGGGUGAAGAAAGGCUCGGGACAGAACUUGUCCGCCUGGCACCCCAUUAAACCAGGAGGGACUUUUAUCCUGGGCCAGGAGCAGGACACAGUGGGAGGCCGCUUCGACGUCACUCAGUCCUUCAUGGGAGAGUUGUCUGAUCUCCAGUUCUGGUCCAGAGUCCUGACACCCAACGAGAUCUACAGCCAGGCAACCUGCGGGGGCCACCUCAUUGGAGAUGUCAUGUCCUGGUUGGAGGAAUCAGUGGAGCUCCACGGAGGGCUCUCUGAGGUGCCCUUUGACCCCUGCCACUAAGGACUGACACUGGACCCCAACACCAAGAGCCGUAGCAUCAGCAUCCCAACAUAUUUCAAAUCCCCCACCCCCCCCAACCCAGUCAAAAAUAGUUGGAGAGUGGGAAAAUGUUAUCUAGUCACGGAUCAAAGAUGGGGGAAUGAUUGAGGAUUACGAGCAGGAGGAGUUAUUUAGCUUUUCUAUAUAUUUUUGCCAUUCCUGUCUGAUCUUUCUGCCUUCUCCACCUACACCCUCACUUCUUCGCUCCGACGCUCUCAGCAGGACGAUGUCGAAGGCUCCGAAAAGCGCUGGGCUUUGGAUUUACAGGCUGGGUGGUCAUGACUGCGGCUGAAUCUCGAGGAUGCAACACACAUAAUAGGAUUUCAUUCCAUCAGAACAGGUCCAAAGGUUGCUUGUUGCCAUCAGCUCCCCAUGCACUAGCUUGUUUUGUUCAGUAUGUGAGCAACAAGAGGUGAAAGAGUGGCGAAAAGCCCCAGAAUACAAAUGAAGCCACACUGAGACCUGAACCGGGAUAAUUCAUACGUGUUGCUAGAGUACUGACAAUCGAAUGUCUGCUCAUUGUUUUGUCGAGACAAAGGGAUAAUGUUGUUUUUUUGUUACAAUGUCUGUCAAAUUUGGUACAAGCUACUGUUGGUUUUGCACGUUGAGAUUUUUGUCUGUUUUGUACUAGUGUUUCAUACUGAAAACUCUGCUCUAUUGUAGACAGAAAACUGAUUUUGUGGCAUUCAGAAAAAAAAAAAAAAAAGAAUCCAUGUAUGAUGUGGUCUGGAUAACCGUGAGAUUGCAGUUUGUCAAUUCAGGACUGAGAACGAUGUCUUGUUUCUUUGUCAAAAAAAGUCGGCCGUUAAACAAGAGCCCCGCGGCUCAAUGUCAGCCGUGACAGGCCACCAGGCUGCACAGACGCAGCGUCAACUGUCCCGCAAAAUGCCGAUGGCUUACAGCGGGAUUUACCUAUGGACAACUGAUCUGAUCCGGCCUAUUUCGGACCAGCUCAAAACACACACGGCAGAGUCGGACACACUCACACACACUCUGCACACGCUUAGAGAAGAUAAAAAGGUGAAAGGAGACUUUGUUGAUCUCGGUUUGUAGCGGCACCUUUACGUUUUUUUUUAACAAGAGGCUUUUUUGCACAUGUAAAUUAUAUCAGAUAGUCGGUUUUUAAUGAUUAAAAAGCAUGUAUAGUGGCAUUUCUCGCAUUGUAAAUAAGUACAUAGCACUUUCUCAACCUAAUACUAACCCUGAGGUUGUUUAAGAGCAAUCUUUUGGAAGUAAACUGUUUAUUAUUUGUUUAACAUAACCCUGUCCCAUCUGAGUUAAACUCAAUGGGGUUGAACUCUUUUUAUUGAUAGUCGAAACUAAAUGGGCUAUUUGUUGUUAACAUGGUGAUUAGAAUCUCUCAGCAUCAGGACCACAUCAUCGCACCACAGCUGUGAAUAUCUGCAAAGUGUUUCCUCGACUGGAACGCCAAGACGAGCAGCACUUUGAAAACCUGCUCCUGUUUUCCUCUCAUGAUAGCGGGCCAAAUGCACGUGACAUUUGUGAAUAUGUUGCUUCUUCUGUCUUUGUCCUAUAGACAUUGAUUUAAACACCUCCUCCUCUUUUGAUCGCACUGUGUAGUGAUAGGCUGAAUGAAAAAAAUAACAUGUACAACUUUAUGCAUUAAGACUUGCUUAUUCUCGCCUUUGGUGUACACUUUAAUUAGAUUUAGUUGUUUUUUUAUGUUUAUUCUUGUGUCUUUGGCUGUAAAUAUUCAAAGUAUUGCAGUGUGUUCAGUCAACAGUCCCUCCCUCGUGUGUAAGCCAAACGGAAUUGUAAAACUUGAAAGAGGAAGAAAAUGCUCUGUAAAUGCUGUCAAAUAUUUGUAAAGAUGUGAGGAUUUUGAUUAAAACUAUUUAAAAUAUUUUAUGAAUUCAAA